AUGCCACAGUGUGAUGCCCAGUCACCUUCAUGCUCUGUCUGUGUGGCCGCCGGCGUUCCCUGUGUGUCGCUCGACACUGCGACGAACGCGACCGCUCCACGAAGCAUUGCUAGGUACUUGGAAGGACGCAUUGCGGACCUUGAACGGGUGCGCGAUAGCUACUCGCUACCAGGCAUAGGCUCGGGCCAUCUGUCCGGUGGCAGAGUUCUCCCAAGUUGCGAUACAGGACGACUCUCACCCAUCAUGUUAUGGGACACUGCCGUGAAUCAUACUCUCCACGACAUCACCCCAAGCUUUCUUGGACUUACUGAAGCCAUUCGCCUACCAGGCUGCUCAGCAGCACCGACGCAGAUUCCAUCCGCGAAGAAGUCGUUUGGCCUGAAUGAUCUAGACGAAACUAAUCCACGAUCGAUAUUGAACCAGCACCCAUCGAAUUUGCCGCUGACUUCGGUUCCAACAAGAGUCGCUGAAUUUCUCUUUGACAUUUACAUAAGCAGAAUCAUCCAACAGUAUCCCAUCUACCAUUCCAGUGAUGCCAUAAAGGCAUUCGACGCUGUUUUCAGGAGGCAGGCGCUUGAGGUCCCUAGUGAUUCUCGACCAGGAGCACGAGACUUGUAUAUGGUGAGCUUGAUCAUGGCAAUCUCGCUUUCAACGGCCGCGCGGAACAAGCAGGCUCGAGCACAGUCACUUGGGACCGGGUUAUUUCGUAACGCCAUGCUCUACGUCCCAGUGGUCCUCUCCAACGAUCUUUCGGGGCUCCAGGCACUACUUUUACUCAUUCAAUACACCUUUCUCAAUCCAAAUGUUGCCAACUUGUGGCUGCUCACAGGUAUGUCAAGCGAGGCAUGCAUUGACCUUGGCCUUCAUCGAGAACUUCCAGAAAGUAUCGAUAUUGAUGUCCUCGAAAGGGAUAUGCGUCGUCGCAUAUUCUGGUGCGCUUGGGAGAUGGAAGUCGCCGUCUCCGCGCCAUUGAAUCGGCCUAUCCGUACUCAGAACAAGUAUAUCAGUGCAGAAUUCCCAGCCGAAUACGUUGACUUUGGUAUCACGCGCAAUGGCAUCGACGUGAACGUACCACGAGCUAAGUUCGUCUCAAGAAGGAUUUGGCUCUUCAGGAAAGUCGAGUCUUCAAUCAUGUCUAUCUUAUAUCAGAACGAACCAUUGCCGUCUGACUGUCCGUCUCUGGAGUCCUGGAUGGCCGAGACGGAGCACGAGAUUAUGUGUUGGAGAGAAGAAGUGCAUCACAAAGCCUCCUUGAACCAGGACUCUUCCGUCAAAUCACAAUGGGACGAGCUGGAACUGUAUGCUGAUAUCGCGUACAACUACAUCAUCGUCUUGUUGUUUCGUUCGUGUCCAAGGAUCAGAGUUCCAUCUCGGCAGCAUCUCAUGAAAGCUUUUGCUGCCAGCAAAGAGGUUGCGACUGGAUACUGGCGGCAGGCAAACACCGAAUUCGGCUAUAUGAAAUAUGUCUUUCAUCCAUGCCAUCACACCUUCUUAUCUGCAAUAGUGUUCCUUCAGGCUUUGCAGUAUUGCCGGCCCGAUAUCGCCGAUGCUUACGAGAUAGAAGAGGUGGAAGAGUUCAUGGAUCGCUUCUCGCGAUUCUUCUCAACAAUUUCCGAACGCUGGCCGGCUGCCACCCAAUGCCUUCAGGAAUAUGAAAGGCUCUUGGGGCCGAUCAAGCAAGACUAUUUGGACUUUCUCCUUCUUCGGAACCAGAGCACAUCCGAAAUUGACUUGUUACAAAAUGCACCAAUGGACGAAUACCUCGAUGGGACAGCGCAUUUCCGCGAUCCAUUCGAAAUUUGGCCAGUGACCAACCCUCUAUUGAGCUCGAACGGAAAUGAUACCUUCGACGCUUACUCAUAUCUGCCAUACGAUUGGAACGCAGAAUUCGGGUUUGGAAUGGAUUUGGCACUUUCAAAUCAAGAGACCUGA